GUUAUCAGUUUCAAAUUGUUAUCAAGCGGCUUCACUUAGGGAAUGUGAAAUAUCAAAUAUGGAUUUAUCAGUGCAGACAAUUGGGGUUUCAUAACAUGGACACUUAUAUGAAUUGGAAUUAUGGCUAAUUUAGUACUGGAAACGUUACAGGUUGUUGUGGUCCUCCUAUGUAUUUUUAACGACGGGAUGGUGACAGCGGAUGAGUGUCAACAGAUUGAUUCGUGCUCGUGUCAAUUUCCCGACGGUACGAAGAUCGACCUGUCACCGUUAUCUAGUAGCGAUGUAAAUACACCAAGAUUUUAUGAUGUCCCUGUAACGCCAGGCAGUGAUGACAUGUUUUCCUGGAACCCAUGUGCUGACUUCCUACAACCUACAAGCUCAACAUGUCAAGGUGUUGCUGUGUGUCACAUCCAUCUGGCCCCGCCUAUAGCCGUCUACUUCAACUUGGGGACUACUGAUUCUGCUGCCUUCUCCACCAAUGAUGCUGGCCAGGUGGAGCUCUCUUACCGACAUAUUGAAACAGGCACACCAAUUACUCAACGGAGUGCUCAUAUUGCUUUAUUAUGUGAUCAGACACAAGAUGGCCUCCUCGUGCCCCUUUUUGAGAUAGAUCCCGGAAGUGGUCAAUUUCAUUUUGAGCUACAUAGCAAAUACACCUGUUAUGGAGACAAUGUUGGGGAUAACGUGAGCCCAUUUUCAGUUGGUACAAUUGUUUGUUUGGUAGCUCUUGCGCUUGUUUUGGUGUACGUUAUAGGAGGGGUUGGAUACAACUCGUUAUAUAAGAAGAGUAUCGGGAUUGAAAGGAUUCCGAAUGUCACUGUCUGGCGGAAGUUACCAGGACUCAUCAAGGAUGGAUUUAAGUUUGUGUUCACAGGGGGACGAGCGUCUGGAGAUUACAGAAAUAUCUAACUUAAAUCACUGACCGCACUUUUCCGUUCUUAAAAGCCAUUUAUAAGCAAAGUUUGUGUAUUUGGAAUAACUUUACAGAUUGUUUUCGCUUUUGAGGUUUAGAUUACUGACAAAAUCGUAGGGUUGACACAUCUACGUUUAAACGAAAUUUAAUCUUUACUUAUCAUAAUAUAGACAUACAAAUUAAUUAAUUGAAAGCACAAGAGUAAAGUAGUUAAAGUCAUAACGAACAAAUGCAAAUCUUUACAGUGAAUUAUGUGCGAUAGUGAUAUUUUCUAAGUGCCAUAUUAGUCAGUUUCGUAGACAAAAGCUAAAUAUUAUGCAAUUAAUAUUCCUACGCAAGAUUCAGCACACAUUAUCUGUUUACAAAGGUAUUGGAGUAAGCAAACUUUGUCAUUUGCCAUAUUAAAACAGACACAGUUGUAACACA